UGCGCUCUGUCCCCACACAGCUCCCACCCCUUGACUGUACCCCCCCCUCAGGUUGGUGAAGGGAGGGCGAGGGGCGAGUGCAGCGAGGAGCUCUCCAGUACGUAAUCCCACUUCCCGGCAUCGCGCACCACGAUGAACGCGCUGGUUGUGCGGCUCAUGGCGAACAAAGCCACCCCUGCCCCUUCCGUGGUGUCCCGUAACAGCCUCCAGGAUGCCGUCGAGCCCGUGUACUCCGUCAUGCGGCUCUUCGCCGCCUGGCCCGCCAAGCGGCCUAAAGGAGGCCGCGGGUCGGUGCUGACCAGGGCGCUGCUGCUGUCCGUGCAGGUCGCCUGCCUGCUGCUGGUGGGCUACGAGUGGGUGGGCGUGCUGCAGGACCGCGUGCGCUACAUGCGGCGCGGGGCGGGCGUGACGCGCACCGUGCUGGCCAUCCAGUUCCUGCUGUACCUCGCCAUGUUCUUCACGCUGCCCCUCAUGUGGAGGGACGCCGCGCGGCUGCCGCCCGUCUGGGAGGGCUGGAGCCACGUGCAGGCGCGCCUGGAGCGGGUGUGCGGGGGCCGCCUGGCCGCGUCCAGGGCGCUGUCCUGGCGCCUGGCCGUGCUGCUGCUGCUGCUCUGGCCGCCCAUCGUCGCGGUGCCGCUGAUGCUGCUCCCCGAGGCGGAGAUGCCCGUGAGGCAGGCCUGGUUCUACGCGUACCCCACCCUCGUCACCUUCUCGCUCAAGCUGCUGUGGAUGCGGCUGUUCACCGCGCUCCGCCACGCCGCCGAACUCCUCGUGUCGUCGUUCAGGACGGAAUCUCGCGACUGGUCGCGGCCCGACGCCGCGGCCCGCCUGCGCACCUACCGCGAGCUAUGGUCCUCGCUGAGCGGCAUCAUGCAGGACAUCGGCGUCCGCGGCGGGCUGUCCCUGCUCUGCGUGCAGGCCAUCCAGGUCCUCUCGCUCCUCGUCUGCUUCGUGCACAUCGUCAUUUCGUGCCUCGAGGGGUUCACCCCCGCGGGCCUGUGGAUCGUGAGCCUGACCCUCACGAACGCGACCACCAUGGUCGCCCUGAGCAACGCCGCGCACAGCGUAGCGCACUUGAUGCGGGAGAUUGGGUCCCUCCUGGAGACGACAAGCACCGUCGGGCUGACGACGGCUGUCGAUUACGAGAUGCUAGUGCUUCGCGACACGCUGGCUCACAAGCACGCCGCCGUGAGGCUGUGCGGCUUCGUGACCGUCGACAGGGAGCUCGUCGGGGAGGUGUUGGUGGUCAUGAUGACCUACCUCAUGGUCCUCCUCCAGUUCGCCCUGUUGUAAAACACGGGAAUAAUUUAAAAAUUGAGAAAGCUAUCAAAGAAAUGUAACUGUGUACACACUGAUUGAUUUUGAGUUUUGACGAGCUCCAAUGCGUUUCCUGUCGGUUCCAUCGGCGCGUCCACUAACGCUUAGGGCACUCCCUACCCAUCCCUACCGUGCGGUAAGCCUUCCGCCCAGA